GAUGAUCAGUCAAAGUUCAAUAGAAAAAGACAAACUGAUUACCUACAAAUGAUCAUAGAAAAUGAUAGAAAGAUGAUUAGUCAAACAAUUGAAAUAUUAAAUGGAUUAGAAAAAAAGAAAUUGAACAAAUCAGACUUUGAUAAAAAACUAUGUGAACAGUUCAUGCAAAAUGUUGUUAAACUGAAGGAAGAACCUUCAGGAUGGAUCAUCAAAAUUGAUAAAAUGAAUAUGAUUUUGUUUGAAAUGUGGGACAGCUAUGAUUUUGACUCGGGGCAUUUUACAUCAUUUAAUGAAGGAACUUUUGAACUAUUAACAUAUCAUCCAAUAUGCAAGAUCUUGCUCAAAAACCUUGAUAAAUGUGUUUUGUGUGGUGGGGAAGGAAGUUCAACAGCAUCAAAAUACAGAAAAGAUCAACUAUCAAAACUUGAAAAAGAAUAUAGAAAUAAAGAAAAUGUUAAUCCAUUUUCAAUUAGUAAUGUGGGUAAUAAGCCUGAUUUAUGGGUAGAAACAAAAAUAGCAGGUUGA